CUCUCCUGACCCUGCGCGCCGCGGGAAGAUGGCGCUUGAAGCUGGCGAUAUGGAAGAGGGACAGCUUUCCGACUCGGAUUCCGACAUGACGGUCGUCCCCAGCGAUAGGCCUCUGCAAAUGGCGAAAGUACUAGGUGGGGGCGGUGCUGCAUGCGCACCAGUGUCAAACUAUCGGACUGUUAAACAUGUGGACUCCAGUGAGGAGAGUCUGGAUUCCGAUGACGAUUGCUCUCUUUGGAAACGUAAGCGGCAGAAAUGUCACAGUCCUCCUCCCAAGCCAGAGCCUUUCCCAUUUGGACAGAGCGGUCAGAAACCAGCUCUCAACGGUGGGAAGAAGGUGAACAACAUCUGGGGUGCUGUGCUACAGGAACAGAACCAAGAUGCUGUGGCCACUGAGCUCGGCAUCUUGGGAAUGGAAGGCACCAUCGACAGAAGCAGGCAGUCUGAGACCUAUAAUUAUUUGCUUGCUAAGAAACUUGCUAAGAAGGAAUCUCAAGAGUAUACAAAAGAAUUAGACAAAGAUCUGGAUGAGUAUAUGCAUGGCGACAAAAAACCUGGGUCAAAGGAAGAGGAGAAUGGGCAAGGUCAUCUCAAACGGAAACGGCCUGUCCGAGACAGACUGGGUAACAGAGUAGAAAUGAACUACAAAGGCCGCUACGACAUCACAGAGGAGGAUUCUCCCGAGAAAGUGGCUGAUGAGAUUGCCUUCAGGUUACAGGAACCGAAGAAGGACCUGAUAGCCCGAGUAGUGACGAUACUUGGGAACAAAAAGGCCAUUGAACUUCUGAUGGAGACGGCUGAGGUUGAGCAAAAUGGUGGCCUUUUCAUAAUGAAUGGAAGCCGAAGGAGAACGCCGGGUGGGGUUUUCCUCAAUCUCCUGAAGAACACGCCCAGCAUCAGCGAAGAGCAGAUCAAGGAUAUUUUCUACAUUGAAAAUCAAAAAGAAUAUGAAAAUAAAAAAGCUGCUAGAAAAAGAAGAACACAACUAUUGGGGAAGAAAAUGAAAGAAGCUAUUAAAAGUCUAAAUUUCCAGGAAGAUGAUGACACAUCUCGAGAAACGUUUGCAAGUGACACUAAUGAGGCCCUGGCCUCUCUUGACGAAGCCCAGGAAGGACCCGGUGAAACCAAGCUGGAUGCUGAGGACGCCAUCGAGGUGGACCACCCUCAGGAUUUGGACAUCUUUUAAGCACACUUUGGACAUUUUGAAGAAUAAACCUUUGUUUUUUAAAAAAGGUGUUACCAUUUCUACUGAGGUUGCUUUACUGUGCACCGACACUGAGGCGGGAGAGCUGUGUCUGCUCCCGUGAAGUAGUAAUGUAUGUGGUAGUCGUGCCGUCGGCCGCAGUGUGGAAGGUGGCUGCAUCUGACGGCUGCUGUACAGCACGGGCUAAUUUCUCACUCUGCAUGUGCUGACUGUUAGCCUACGUGGAGCUGUGUCCUCUCUGUCCAGCUCACUGUUUCAUGCCAGUAAGACAUUUUGGUUUUCUCAUUCAUCUUUGUGGUGAACUAUGCUUUGGUUUUAACACAUUCCAUUAAAAUACCUGUAACAUGUA